AUGGCCUCAUCGGUGUUCUCCCCGCUCUUCGCCUCGCUCCGGCUGCCCGCGCCCACCAGCUCGCGCUGCACUCCUCCUCCGCAGACCGCCGUGGCACCGUCGGCAGACAAAGCAGUCACAGUCCCGCGACCGGCGCCUCUCGUUGCGGUCGCCAGCCACCGGAGGGAGCUGGUGCUCGGGGCGGCGCUGGGCGCGCUGCUGUCGCGGGCGCCGCUGCCGGCGCAGGCGCGCGAGGUCGUGGUCGGCACGUACCUGCCGCCGGCGCCGUCCAACCCGGGCUUCGUCUUCUUCCGGGCCACGCCCAAGGACACCCCCGCCCUCCGCGCCGGCAAUGUGCAACCGUACGAGUUCGUCCUGCCGCCGACGUGGAAGCAGACGCGGGUGGCCAACAUCCUGUCCGGGAACUACUGCCAGCCCAAGUGCGCGGAGCCGUGGGUGGAGGUGAAGUUCGAGGACGAGAAGCAGGGCAAGGUGCAGGUGGUGGCGUCGCCGCUCAUCCGCCUCACCAACAAGCCCAACGCCACCAUCGAGGACAUCGGCAGCCCCGAGAGGCUGAUCGCCUCCCUGGGGCCCUUCGUCACCGGCAACACCUUCGACCCCGACGAACUUGUCGACACCAGCGUCGAGAAGAUCGACGGCCAAACUUACUACAGCUACGUGCUGGAGACUCCACUGGCACUGACCGGUUCUCACAAUCUGGCCAAGGCCACCGCCAAGGGAAACACGGUGGUGCUCUUCGUCGCGAGCGCCAACGACAAGCAGUGGUCGUCGUCGGAGAAGGUUCUCAAGGCCAUAGUGGACUCGUUUCAAGUAUGAUAGAUUGCAGCAACAAUGCACUCUGUGAGCUGGUUGGUUCAGCGGGUGAUGAGUUGUUCGCUAGCAAAAUCAGGUGAUGGGUUGCUUAUCUGAAGCUCUGAAAUAUGAGGUACAUAAUCUGACGAGGCAAACUACUGGAUUUUGAGGCUUGGGGAGUGGAGCAAACAACGAUUUUCUAUGUAAUGCUCUCUUCACAUUCUCAAAAGAUUUUCUAUGUAGUUGCUAUAUAUGGGGCUGUUCAUAGAUUAUUGAAGAAGAGAGGUUAAGUGUACACAGUGACUCAGUGAGGAACAGAUUGUUUAUAGUAAGAAUUGUAAGUGAGAAUCACCUUAUGCGGGUAUCUUGCAAAUGUUAUUCUAUAUUGCCA